GUGCGGUACAAGGUUUUGCUGACGCGUUAAAAGCUUUUCUCAACUGAUUAAUUGUCUUUUUACUGUUAUUAUUAGUUUCCUUCAAUACUUAAUAAGCGAUUUGAGAUAUAGUAUGGCCUCGCCAAAUGAUUAUAGAACACGCAAUAUUUUAAGUUUAGAAGAACGUGUACAAGUUUGCAAAGAAUAUGAACGUUUACUCUCAUUGGGUAAUAGUCCCAGUUACCAAAGUUUGGCGAAAAAAUUCGAAUGCAGCUCUAAGCAAAUUAAGAAUAUAUUGUUAAAUAAAAAUAAUAUAUUGCAAUCGUUUGAGAAUUACAAUCCAGAUGCGCCUUGCAAAGAUGAGAUACAACAGAGGCGUAAAGAGAAAAUCGAAUUUUUGGGCAAAGUUAUGUACGAGUAUCUAGAACGUGCCGUAUAUAAUGGCUUCUCGAUCACCGAACAGAAAGUACGCUGGAAAGCGGUAGAAGUAAAAGAAUGCAUAGCAGUGGAGAAUUUUAAUUUAACUGAUGCAUGGCUAUCACAUUUCCAAAAGCUAUACAAUAUACCAAGUUUUGAUUUAGAUGCGCUGCGCAAUAAUAUGUGUAUUAGCGAAGCGAAACGACCGUAUUUAAAUGCCAUCGAUAUGAUACAGUAUGUUAGUAGAAAAGAACAACAACAAUUAAAGGAUGCAGCCGAACAAAAUGACAUGUGCAGUAAUGAUAAUUCAAUGUCCGAAGGGCACGAAGAAACAAACGAGGGAACCCGUGUAGUUUAUGUCAACGAUGAGAACGAUGAUGAUGAUAAUAAUGAUGGUGAAGUUAAAGCGUUUAAUAACUUAUCGCAGCAGCAUAUUAAUGGCCAGCCGUUAGAGAAAAUGACGGGAUCUUUAAAGCGUAGCUUAAGUCCAUUGCCAGAUAUUGAAUCUGUAGAGGAUGCCUUAAGGCAUAUUAAAGCAUUGGAGGAGUACGCAAUGCUUCGAGAUAAUUAUCGAGCAAUCGGUUUAUUAACUCAAUUAGAAGAUAUAUUUAAGAAGCAAAUUCGCAAAAUGUGAAGAACCAUUUUUGAACGCAAAGGCAUAAGGCACAUUUUAAAAUGAAUAUUCCUUUUUUUUUUUUUCUUAAUUUUUUUUUUCCUUUUGUUUUUUCUCUGUACAUAUCCAAAUGUAGAGAAAGUGGAGAAUCACAGUCUUUUUGUUUAUUUGUUUCAAACAGAGUUGCAUUUUAUAUACAAAAAUCCAAUAGCAGCUGAUUCUGCUUAAGGAACUUUUAGUGAAUUAAAAAAUUUUACUCAAAAAAGCAAGCAAAACUAAUAGAAAAUGUUGAACGCAUUGUUUUAAAUGUGUUAACAAACAAACAAGCACAUGUGUGCUCCUUUUGUAACAUUCCUCAAGAAAUGUCUACCAUUGCAUACAAUAUUAAUAAAUAAAUUUUAUUUAUAUAAACUUUUUUUAUAUAUUAUUUACCUUGCAUUGUUAUUAACAACUUUACACAUAGAUUAUGCUUACAUAUGGAAUCAAAAGUUGGUUUAUCAACACAUUCUUCGAAGGCAUUCGUUCGUUUAUAAUUAAGAAGUGGGAGAGAGAGAGAGAAAGAAGAACAGCAUACACGUAUUAAAACGAACU